GCUCCCCUUUAAAUGCGGAGUGUCCGGGCAGUGGAGGCAAAGAUUUAAAUGCAAAUAGAGUUUGUCAUCAGUCAGUCCACACUAUCUUCAGCUGAUAAAGGCUGAUACUCACAGCAGCCAACUCCAGCUGCUCUGGAAUAAAGUUGGCUCCCGUAAACUGUCGAUCUGAGUAGACACUCUGAUGGAACGGAACAAGGAGGACUGCACUUGGCGAUGAGCUCCGCUCCGAACCGUGUUGCCGGGGAACUAUCAACGGCUUCGUUGGAACUCUCUGACUGACCGAGCCAGUCGGCUGGACGGGCGGCGAUGGAGUGCCCGAUGCUCCGCGGCAACGCCAGCUCGCUGUGCAACGGCAGCCAGCAGGUCCUUUGGGGGGAGCGACUGGCGGUGCCGUACACGCCCCGAAGCACCGCGGGUAUCGCCACGGUCAUCACCUUCAUCAUCGUCUUCACCAUCAUCGGGAACGUGCUGGUCAUCAUUGCCGUCCUGACCAGCAGGUCACUGCAAGCUCCCCAGAACCUCUUCCUCGUCUCCCUCGCCGCCGCGGACAUCUUGGUGGCUACUUUGGUGAUGCCCUUCUCUCUGGCCAACGAGCUGAUGGGCUAUUGGUACUUUAAGAGGGUUUGGUGCGAAAUUUACCUGGCCUUGGACGUUUUGUUCUGCACUUCCUCCAUCGUGCACCUCUGUGCUAUAAGUCUGGACAGAUACUGGUCAGUGACCCAGGCCAUUCAGUACAACUCCAAGAGGACACCGAGGAGAAUCCGCUGUGUGAUCCUGACCGUCUGGCUCAUCGCUGCGGUCAUCUCCUUCCCGCCUCUCCUCUCCAUGAACAAGAACCUGAGUGAAGAGGAGAUCCCCGUGUGCCGACUGAACGAGGAGAAAUGGUACAUCUUAUCCUCCUGCAUUGGCUCUUUCUUUGCCCCGUGUGUUAUCAUGAUUCUGGUAUACGUGAGGAUCUACCAGGUGGCCAAGCAGAGGGCGAGGCAGUCGCCGGGCAGCAGGAAAGACGAGGGAGUCAACCCCAACAGCUCCAAGAAGCCCGCCGAGCCAACCGCGCCUUCCGCGUCCAAUGGGCAGGAGAAGAGCGCUCAGCUCAAGAACAAGGGCAAGGAAGAUUCCUCAUCCUCGGAGCCCGAGGAGUGCUCUGUCAAGGAGAAGCCGCGAAGAAGGUCUGAGCCGCAGGAGCGUCACAACCCCGGGCAGAGUGCGGAGAACUGGAAUUUCCAAAGCCAGGGUCACUCCAUAAAGCGGCAGAGUCUCUUAACGCCCAACGCUCUCAGGAAGAAAGCAGUCCAGAACCGGGAGAAAAGAUUUACCUUUGUCCUAUCCGUCGUCAUUGGCGCGUUCGUUUUCUGCUGGUUCCCUUUCUUCUUCUCCUAUAGUCUGACGGCCAUCUGCCCGAAGACCUGCUCCAUUCCGCCCGUCGUCUUCAAGUUCUUCUUCUGGAUUGGAUAUUGCAAUAGUUCCCUUAACCCCGUCAUCUAUACUAUCUUCAACCAGGACUUCAGGAGGGCGUUCAGGAAGAUCCUUUGUCGAGAACAGAAAAGGUCUCCCUACAGAGUCUAGACAGCAGGGGUCAGAGUGGG